AGCUCACGCACAAGUUUAUUUUUAACACUCAUGAACAUGGCUACUAUUUCAGCAGCGCUUAAACGUUCUCCAGAACAAGAAGAACAAAUCUAGGAUUUUCUAAUACAUUAUAAGCUGAAUAUGCAUCCACGUUAGAAAUGGGAAGAUAUAAACAAACCACUACUUUCCAACAUAAACAUUGUGAAAAAUGUUUCAACUGUCAUUGCAGGGCCCCAAUCGAUAUCACUAACUCUUGCUUAGUGGUUAAUUGUUCCUUAAAUUGUGGGGCUUCUUUCCACAUGUGCAAGGAGGAAGAACACAAACUGCUAUGUCCUUAUGAAAAGGUGCCAUGUCUCAAUGCUGGAUUUGGCUGCCCAUUUACAAUGUUACGUUUCAGACUUGGCAAACAUCUGGAAGUCUGUCCAGCAAGUGUUGUGUGUUGCUCGAUGGAAUGGAACCGCUGGCCUGUUUCAGAAACAGAAAACACUCUCUAUUUGAAUGUCAUGAAAGAACCAGUUAAUCAGGAAAAUUUAGAUAUGUCAUUGGCCUUGCAAGAUCAAAAAUUGUUAUUUAAUGCCUUAAAAAUGAAAUCUAUUUUCCCUGAGUUAAUGAAACCAACUGAAGAAUUAAAAAUCACAGAGUCUGAAGAUGAAGGGGCAGUAGGUGGCAUGCAGUGUCCUGCACUCACAUCAAACACAGAAGAAAAUGCAUACGCAGAAGCUGAGGAGAACAUAUCUACAGGGGAGGAGUAUCCUGUGCUUACUCAGGCAGAGUUAGAAGCAUUGGCAAAAGACAAAACUGUGGCGGAGCUGGAUAAAUACAAGGAAUGGGAAACUAUUUUUAGCAAGGAGCUCUCUAGCUGCAGCCACACCGUAAAGGUUGCAGAAAAGAAGUCUAACAGUUCCUCAGUAAAGGAAACCCCAUCUACUGACAAAAGUCAGAGAAAAAGUGAAGACAUUCAAGAAAAAGUAGUAACUGAAGUGACUGGCGAUGGCAGCUCUGAAAAGGUGGGACUGGCUCCUUGGCAAGAUGGAGUUAUGGAGCGGCUUGGCAAAGAGAUGAAUGUAAAAGAAUACAACAUGUAUCUUGUUCACCAUGGCAGUAUGCUAAUUCGGUUUGGCCAGAUUUCUGCUUGCACACCAAGAGAAAAAGACUUUGUGUAUGGCAAACUAGAAGCUCAGGAAGUUAAGACUGUGCGCACCUUUAAAGUUCCUACCAGCUACUGUGCCAAAAGAGGAUGUGUUGGGGACCCUUAUGGUAAAAGAAAGAAAGUGAAUAAAGCAGUAGACACAUCUGAUUUGGGAGUCACAGAAAAUGAUAUUCCAAAACAAGAUAUAGUUAAAACAACAUUACUUUGCUCUUUGGAAAGAGAACUGAAAGGACAUGUAAUUUCUGAACUAGUUGCUACUGAUGGAUUAACUAUAGACUUUGGAACUCAGACUUACUUAUUUGACUGUGAACCAUUCUUAGCUAACACUACCCUGUCCGAUCUUGUUAAAGAAAACAAUCAAUUUCUUGAGCUUCAGCUUCAAUCAGAAUGUGUAACCAGAAGACACAACAAAGUCAGCUCUAUGUUCACCUUUACCUGUGAUCAUUUCUUUAGGCGUGAUGAAUUCUCUUCACAUUUUAAGAAUAUACAUGCAGAUAUUCAGUCUUCUCUCAAUGGCUGGUUUGAAGAAAGGUGCCCUCUUUCCUAUCUAGGGUGCACUUAUGUUCAAAGGCGGUUUUGUCCUGCUAAACAGAAGGCAAGAAUUGUUUAUAAUGAAGAUCUAAACACCUUCUGCUUAAAGCCAGUUGUCUCCAAAAAACUCUUUGAAGGUAUCAAAACAAAGCCUACUUUAAGAAAGAGGGCAAAAAAUCUUGACUCUUUAAGCUGCCUGCCAUUUGAGAUUCUACAGCACAUUGCUGGAUUUUUAGACAGUUUCAGUUUAAAUCAACUAGCUCAAGUGUCUCAUCUUACGAGAGAUGUCUGUGCCUCUCUCCUUCAAGAAAGAGGAAUGGUAUCUUUGAAAUGGGAAAAAAGAACAUAUUCACAUGGAGGAUCUUCCUGGAGAGCUAGGAAAAAAGUAUGGCAAUUCAGUUGUCUCUUUUCCACCAUAGACAGCUGGAGUUUUUCAGAUAUGGCACCAAUGUCAGAACACCUGAAAGUCUGCCCUUUUUAUGUCACUGAGAAGAAAUGUGAGCCAUUCCCCUUGACCAGCAUGUGUGGAGAUUCAGAGCAGUCACAGGAGAGAGUGUCUCUUAUUUCCAUGUUCCUUCCAGGAUAUUAAGUGAUCACAAAGCAGUUAAACAGCAUGUAAUGUCUCAUGUAAAAUCUCACCAAGGGAUAUGGUGGUGAAGUUUCAUCUUGCACAUCGCUGGCUAUCACAUCCAACUUGACUGGCUGUGUAAACACCAAAGCUUGACACUCAAUUUGACUUUUCUCUGUUUUCCUCUAGCAGAAACAGAUUUCCUAAGAAAUUGUUUUAUUAGAAAUCUAAAGGUUUUUGAACUUAUUUCAUUGUGAUAGGUUACAAUUUUGUUAGCAUUCUUAAUUUUGUUGGUAUUUGCUUGCACUGAUGUUGGAAUUAAAAUAUUGAAAUAUUCUUAAUAUUCAGAAUAUUCUAAUAUAUAAUGAUAUGCAAAAUAGUUUUGCACUCAAAAUAUUAACUACUUUGUAAGGUACAAUAUGGUGCUGUACGUGGUAGGCACAAUCUAUGGACUCCUGUAUGCUAAACCUGUUGAACUGA